GACCCCUCUACAAACUUAUCCCCUAGUUUUUGUUUUGCCUAUAUAAUAAUAUUUCAAAUCCCACCUGUUUCCUAAGCAAAAACGAAUAUACCUCUUCUCAAAGCCAGAACUUCAAUUGUAUACUUCGCAUUUCUUCUUGUACACAGUCUCUCUUUAGAGAAAGAAACACUAUGGCUUCAACACUAUCUUGGUCAUGUUCACCUAUGCUAUCAUCAUCACACAAAGCCAUGCCUUCAAUUAAAGCCAACAGUACUGUGCCUUGUUGCCAUGUUGCCUUUCCAAUACCAAAGAAUUUUGGUAGCAAAAGGGGGUCAAGGUUGUCAAUGGUGAGAGCUCAGGCUGCGGCUGGUGAAGAAAAUAAGGACACGUCUCAGUCUGUGGAUGUUCAUGUCAGUGAGGGAAACCAAGGGACCUCAGUGGAGAGGAGGCCUAGACGGGUGGUGGAUAUUUCAAACUUUGGUCUCUGGGAUCCAUUCUCCGCAAUUAGGGCAUUGCGGCCAAUGCUAGACACAAUGGACCGUCUCUUUGAUCAGACCACGACAUUCCCUGGAGCACACCGGUCAGCAUGGGAUUGGCAAGCCCGUGCCAAUUUGGACGUGGUAGAGGAGGAGAACGAGUUUAAGAUGAGGUUUGACAUGCCUGGACUUGAUAAGGAGGAUGUUAAGGUGUCAGUUGAGGACGAUGUGCUUGUUAUAAAAGGAGAGCACAAGAAGGAAGGUAAAGAUAAUGACUCUUGGUCUUGGAGAAGCUUCAAUUCUUAUGACACACGUAUGCAGCUUCCUGAUAACUUGGAGAAGGAUAAGAUCAAGCUGAAGAAUGGUGUUCUUUACAUUUCCAUUCCUAAGACCAAGGCAGAACGCAAGGUCAUUGACGUGCAAAUUCAGUGAAAGCAGAACAUAUAUGAGAUUAUAGUACUAGUAUAAAAUAAAGAAGAUUUCGUGGGGUUUUUUUUUUUUUUUGUUUUUUUUGUU